AUGGCGGCCUUCCACCCCCUUGUCGCCUCGCGCGUCCACCUCUCCCCGCUCCUCCCCGCCGCCGCUGGCCCCGCGGCGGCGGUUGCGGCCGGGCUGUCCUUCCACCGGCGCCGCUUCUCUGCCAUCGUCGCCGCGGCGACCGCCCCCACGGCGACGGAGUUCGACUUCAAGGCGUACAUGGGGGAGCGGGCGGUGGCCGUGAACCAAGCGCUGGACGCGGCCAUCCCGGCCGGCGAGCCCCCCGCCGCGCUCCACGACGCGAUGCGGUACGCGCUGCUGGCUGGGGGCAAGCGCGUGCGCCCGGCCCUGUGCCUGGCCUCCUGCGUCGUGGUCGGUGGGCGCGAGGCCUGGGCGAUGGCCCCCGCCGCCGCGGUGGAGAUGGUGCACACCAUGUCGCUCGUCCACGACGACCUCCCCUGCAUGGACGACGACGACCUCCGCCGUGGCAAGCCCACCUGCCAUGUCGUGUACGGCGAGCCCAUCGCCGUGCUCGCGGGUGACGCCCUGCUCUCGCUCUCCUUCGGGCAUAUGGCCAGCAUGGACUCCUACCCUCCCGACGUCGACCCCGAGAAGCACCCUGCUCGCGUCGUCCGAGGCAUUGGGGAGCUCGCGCGAUGCAUCGGAUCAGAGGGCCUCGUCGCCGGCCAGGUUGUUGAUCUUGAGAUGACUGGCUCAACUGAGACUGUACCCCUUGACCGCCUUGAGUACAUUCAUCUCCACAAGACUGCUGCAUUGCUUGAGGCGUCUGUGGUUAUUGGUGCAAUCAUAGGGGGUGGGUCGGAUGAGCAGAUUGAGCGGUUGCGAAAGUAUGCUAGAUCAAUAGGGUUGCUGUUCCAGGUGGUUGAUGACAUACUUGAUGUCACCAAGUCAUCAGAAGAACUAGGGAAGACAGCAGGGAAGGACUUGGCAAGCGACAAGACAACAUACCCAAAGUUAUUAGGGUUGGAGAAAUCAAGGGAGUUUGCAGAGAAGUUGCUUUGUGAUGCAAAGGAGCAACUUGCAGAUUUUGACAAAGAGAAGGCGGCACCGCUGUUGUACUUGGCCAAUUAUAUUGCCUAUCGGCAGAACUGAGGUGAUGGUGACUCUGUUGUUCAUUGUUGAUUUGUAACUUUGUAAGAUCGCGAAGUUUGGGAUUUCAGGAAUAUCCAGAGUUCUUCGUCUGAUAUAUACUAGCUGUAGUUUUCUACCUUGUUGUCAUGAGAAUAGUUAGUUGACAAAUGUCAUAUUGGGAUAUUUUGUUGACAGAUAUCAAUGUCCCAUUUAGAUAUUCAAAACAUUAUAAUGGUAAUCAGCCUUUAUGCCUAUA